AUGUCGAUAGAGAAAGAUCCCGUUGGGGAACAUCAAGACGUGGAGAAAGUGACCGAUUCUCGUCGCGAAAACUCAUCCCUGUUGUUGUCAGAGGAACAAGCACUCGCCAAGGCACGGAGCAGCCCUAGUGACGCCCUACCUAUCCUUGUCGCAUAUGGCCCGGAUGACUCGGACAACCCUCGCAAUUGGCCCAAAUGGCGCAAAUGGUACAUUACCAUCGUGGUGAGCAUGUUAAAUGUGUUCACAACUUGGUGCGCAGGAGGUAUUUCGUCGGGCGCUACUGGGAUCCAAGAAGAAUUUGGUGUCUCCGCUGAGAUUACUACUCUGGCUUUGUCUCUCUAUGUCCUUGGAUAUGCCAUUGGACCCGUCCUUCUGGCCCCGUUGUCGGAGUACUUUGGGCGCCAGCCAGUUUACGUCGUCUCUUGGUUCUGUUUAUUUAUCUUCCAGCUGCCGCUCGCUCUCGCUCCCAACAUUGGAACUAUUUUAGUUUGUCGAUUCAUUGCUGGCUGUGCCGGCGGCGCUCCCCUUACCAAUACCGGAGGCAGCAUCAGCGAUUUAUGGGAACGUAACGAGAGUGGAGGUCCUAUGGCUGUUUACGGGCUCAGCAGUACAUUCGGCCCACCCAUGGCGCUGGUGAUCACAGGAUACAUUGGGUUGAAUCUCGGCUGGCGCUGGAUUUUCUGGGUGCUGAUGGCCAUGACCGGCGGCGUGUGGCUGGUGCUGGUUACUACCAUCCCCGAAACUCGACACACAACCGUUCUCCAGCACAAAGCCAAGCGUGUCCGUCGGCAAAUGAAGAAAGAGCAUCUUGCGUCUGCCGAGUCAACCGCGGAUAUGCAUGCCAGUAGCAGAAAAGGUCUGCAUGAACUGUUCGGCAUCACCCUCACACGUCCAUUCCGGUUCCUCUUCUCUGAACCCAUCACUUUAUUCUCUGCAAUCUACAACGGCUUCUUAUAUGGAUUGGUCUACUUGUUCAAUGAAGCAAUUCCAUUGGUUUUCGGCGCCCCGAAAGGUCAUCCGUUCAACGGCGGCCAACAGGGACUAGCAUUCCUUGGCAUGGCAAUCGGUCCCCUGAUCGCCUUCUGUUUCUAUCCACUCCAGGAGCGAUAUUAUCUGCGCCGCGUUGCCGAGAAUGAUGGGAAGGGUGUUCCUGAGGCACGGAUGUGGAUGGCCCGCGGAGGAGCAAUCCUCAUUCCCAUCAGCCUUUUUUGGUUUGGGUGGACCAGCUAUCGCUCAGUCCAUUGGGUCGUACCAAUCAUCGCCUCGUCAUUCUUCGGCGCUGGGAUAUACAUCGUGAUUCUCAGCAUUCUGAACUAUGUGGUGGAUAGCUACCAAACUUACUCUGCGUCAGCUUUGGCAGGUGUGAUUCUCGUUCGUAAUGUGGUGGGAGCUGGUUUCCCGCUGUUCGCCACUCAGAUGUAUGAGAAGCUUGAUUACGAAUGGGCGUCUAGCCUGCUGGGCUUCAUCUCCAUUCUCCUGGUGCCGAUUCCCUUUAUCUUCUUUUACAAGGGAAAGGCCAUCCGCCUGCGCAGUCCUUGGGCCCGGGAACAUUUUGAACAGAAUGAGGACUCUCCACAUUAG